CCCCCUCUUCACCACAGCUUCUCCACCUCCUCUCCACCACAGCUUCUCCACCACAGCAACCAGAGACAAGAUCAAGAAGACCAAAGGCUCCCAGAUGUCCACAGAAGGUCCCAACAGCAGCUAUGAGAAAUGGGACCUCAUGGAGGGGAUGGAGCUGGAGAAGGAAGAGCAAAGGAAAGGACCUAAAGAAGUGCUCUUCAGCCUGCCCUGCCCUGCAGAGAGAGCCAUUGGGUUGCUCUACCUCCUUCUGGCCCUCACCUUGGUGCUCUUCACAGCUCUCACCAUCGUCAACCUCCGCAGAGUCUCCUCAGCCUGGGCAGCACUGGAAGAAGCUCAGAUGAGGACCAAGAGCAUCCACGCCGCAGCUUGGCACAACCUCUCUGAGGUCCAACAAGCCUUGGACCUCCAACUCUCCAACCACCUCCAGGCCCUCAGCAGUCAACUUCUGAAUGUGUCCCAAGAAAUGGAGAAGCUGCAGAGGGAAGCAGCACAGGGCAGAGAGGAAGGAGGGAAGGAGCUGGAGGAUCGCAUCAGGGCCCUGGAGGACCAAGACCUUCUGAAGCCACUCCUGCAGCAGCUGGAGGAGAUGAGGCAGGAGCAGAACCGCUCCUUGGUGUCCUUGGAGGCAGCGCUGGAGGCUGUGCACAACCUCUCUGGGAUCCUCUGCACUCGAUGCCCUCCUGGCUGGCUGCAGUUUGCCAGGACCUGCUACUACUUCUCCACCACCACCAAGCCCUGGCUGCAGGCUAAGGACUUCUGUGCUGAGCUCGGUGCUCACUUGGUUGUUGUUGAGAGUGAGCAGGAAAAUAAGUUCCUGGCCAAUCAGGUCAUGCAGAACAGAGUCUUCUGGCUGGGCCUGGCUGACACUCACCAGGAGGGCCACUGGCAGUGGCUGGGAGGUGCUUCCCUCUCCCUCUCCUUCUGGGACAGAGGAGAACCAAACAACGCAGGGCAGCAGGGCGAGGACUGUGCCACCCUCCUGAGCAGCGGCUUCUGGAACGACGUCUCCUGUGCCAGCAGCGCAGCCUGGGUCUGCGAGAGAGCCUGCUAGGGGUGGGCACGGCAGGGCA